UGAUUGGCUGAGAGGCAUGCGGGGGCGGAGCCUCCUGCCCUGUUGUGAUAUUUUUUCCAUCCUGCUCAUCGCAUCACGUUCAGUUUCAGGGAGCGAGAGACAGAGCGAGGGACCCAGCCGCUCUCUGACGCAGUGUAGCGCUGCAGUCUUUUCGUGCCUUAAACCCAGCAAACUAAGGGCUACUACCUUAUCCCUCCUGGAGACGGACUACAGGCAUACUGUCCCUGCUGUUUUCCGCCAAGGGAAAAAAGGAAAGGAAGCGCUAAGAUUUUUUUUUCCCUCUCUCCUUCUCCCCUGUGUGUGAAGCUGUGCUAGCGACCUGCGAGGUGUCGGGUCCUCGCAGACGGACGGAGAGCGCGAGAGAGAGAGAGAGCUGCUCCCGCUGGUCUCGGGUCACGCAGCCAGGAGUCUAAUGCUGGCAGAGGAUGAGUCCCGCCCUGGAGGCCAUGCAGCCGGGAGAACAGCGGGGCUGUUCCAGCACCAGCAGGGGGGUCCUGCUUGAACCCUUUGUGCACCAGGUGGGGGGGCACUCCUGUGUGCUGCGCUUCGGCGAGCAGACCAUCUGCAAGCCCCUCAUCCCCCGGGAGCACCAGUUCUACAAGAGCCUCCCGGCCGAGAUGAGGACCUUCACCCCGCAGUACCGAGGCGUGGUGUCGGUCAGCUUCGAGGAGGAUGAGGAGGGGAACCUGUGUCUCAUCGCCUACCCGCUGCACAGCGAGCUGCCCGACCUGGAGAACGUCGACCCCGACAGCGAGCCCAACAACAAGAUGCUCAAGUGGAGCAACAAGAAGCCCUCCGCCCUGCUGCUGGACAACGAGCACUACAGCAAGGACAGGAGCAGACACUCCCGCAAGGAGGACAAGAUCAAGAGCAGUCAUAACCGCGAGGAGGAGCUGGAUUGGCUGCAGCAGGCUGAGGUGCUGUACUACAGCCUGGAGAAGAGCAACGCCGUGCCCCAGGUCAAACACAACCCCUGGAGCCUCAAGUGCCACCAGCAGCACCUGCAGAGGAUGAAGGAGAACGCCAAACACCGCAACCAAUACAAAUUCAUCCUGCUGGAGAACCUGACGUGGCGGCACGCGGUGCCGUGCGUGCUGGACCUGAAGAUGGGCACGCGGCAGCACGGCGACGACGCCAGCGAGGAGAAGAAGGCCACGCAGAUCCGCAAGUGCCAGCAGAGCACGUCGGCCAGCAUCGGAGUGAGGCUGUGCGGCAUGCAGGUGUACCAGUCGGACUCGGGGAAGCUGAUGUUCAUGAAUAAGUACCAGGGGCGUAAGCUGACGCUGCCGGGCUUUAAGGAGGCGCUGUUCCAGUUCUUCCACGACGGGCGGCGGCUGCAGCGGGAGCUCCUGUCCCCGGUGCUGCGGCGGCUCAGCGACAUGCAGGCGGCCCUGGAGCGCUGCGAGUCCUACCGCUUCUACUCCAGCUCCCUGCUCAUCAUCUACGACGGACAGCCACACCGCGCCCGCCGGCCCCGCCCCCGCGGCGGGGAGGAGGGCGACGAGGACGACCUGUCCGAGGAGGAGGAGGAGGAGGAGGAGGAAGAAGAAGAGGAAGAGGAGGAAGAGGAGGAGGAGGAGGAGGAGGAAGAGGAGGCGGGUGCGUUCGGGUUUCCCUGCGGGGGUGCGUCAGGCGGGGGCAGUGGGGUGCUCAGUCGGGGCUCCGGGCGGGAGGGGAGCCCCCUGGUGGACGUGCGAAUGAUCGACUUCGCCCACACCACCUGCCGGCACUACGGCGAGGACAGCGUGGUGCACGAGGGCCAGGACAGCGGCUACAUCUUCGGCCUGCAGAACCUCAUCACCAUCAUCUCUCAGCUGGAGGAGCACAGCGCCGACUAGGCCACUCCCCUCUCACUGACCGGCCUACCGCAGGCCUGCGUCUCCCCAUAUGCAUCUCAGGCCACGCCCACACGGAUGCAGGACAGUAGGACUGAGCAGGGGAAGGCUCCUCCUCCCACCGACCAAAAGGGACAGAACUGCUGCUGUUCUGCUACUUCUUUGUCUUCUUAUUUGUUUGUUUUUUUGUUUUUUUUGGUGUUUUUGGUGGGUUUUCUUUGUUUUGUGUGUGUGCGGGUGUGUUUGCGCGUGUAGAGGAAAAGCUGAAGAGAUGUGAUCUUCUUUCCACUUUUGUUUACUUGACUAAGUGACUCAUUGCCUCCGUUAUGUUCUUGCACUGCUUUUUUCAUUUUUAUAGAAUAAAAAAAACAACGAAAAAUGUGUAAAAAUCACACAAAAGCAAUCAUGGAUUCCUAAUCUUCCCGGGCCCUUCUGAAGCAGAAGGUUCUGUCAGGCAUUGCACAUCUCUGAACCACCAGCUCCCUGUGACGCACGCGUACCCACAUACACACAUGCACGCACACACACACACUCUCUCACACACACACACACACACACACACACACACACACACUGUGCUGGGGCUGAAACCAUUAAUGUGGGAAGAAUGGAGAGAAAGCAAUGGAGUGGAAAGGAGGAGAAACAUGAAGAGGGAUGGAGCCAGCCCAGCCAUCGGACUCCUGCAGUUCUGCCCCCCAUGGUGAGGAUGAAGGGAUGGGAAAGGGUAUUGGGCUGAAAAGAAAAAAACUGAUUUGGGAGGCGGAGGGGGUCAACAUCAGACUUUUUUUGUUUCGUUUUUUAUUUGUGUUUCCUCGUUGACCCCCACCCAACCACCCACCCACCCCCUCCUCAUUCCCGCAGUAGUCUCUCAGAGAGAGGAUAUAUUCAGAUAUAUUGUAGAGAUGCAGAGAAUAUAGAUCUUUAUUUAUUUGAACAAUUUCAUAAAAUUUUCAUAAAUGAAGGAAAAACUAAGGUGGAUGAAGUCUACAUUCCAUAUUAGUGGUUUAAUAAUAUUAAUGACUAUUGUUAUUCGAUGGGUUCAGAUACCUCUACGUCAUAUACCUGUGUGUCCACAGUGUGUUGGAGGAUAAAUAAAGACCUUAUGUUUGUG